AUGCUUUUGACGACGAUAACUACGGUAUGUUUACUACAACUGGCUGAUGCUGUAUACCAAUGUCCUAUGUAUGGACUAGGAGGUCUUGGGUACCCAUAUGGGGGAACGUAGUAAGUAAUAAUUAUAAGCUUACGUAUCUUGGCAUUUUAGAUAUUUUAAGCUUAUAUUUGUGCUUUAUACAGUGAUGUGUAAGAUUAAAACCAAUAAUUUUUUGUUGAGUUAGGUAUUAUAUUAUAACAAGCAGUACUAGGUGAUUUUAGAGCACACAAUAGUUUAAAUCGUGUUUUUUUACUGUAAAAAGUAACGUAAAUUUCAGUUGCGGCCAAGAAUCCAUCUUCUACUACUAUACAUGCUGUGAACACAACAUAUACGAGUGUUGUUUCAAUCUGGAGGCUUGGGUAAUGUAUGUUAAUUCCGCUUUGUAUCCCUAUGGUCCUUUAACGUCGGCCGACUAUCUGAGUCAGUGGAUUGCACCGUGCACUGCUUCCCCUCAUCAACAAUACCAACCAUCAACAUACGACUACAACACCAUGUGUAAUGGAGUUGACUGCGGCAAAAACUGUAAUAACGAUUGUUGUUGUUGCGAUGAUGUGGAUUACUGUAGUAUGGACGAGAAUAUGGGCAUGUAUGUGGGUAGUAGUAUGUUACCGUAUCCCACAAACCUCGCUAGUUUGAUGGCAUAUCCACAUUACAAUCAACCUUACAGUACGUUUAACGGGUACGGAGUACCGUACUCACCGUACCUCAGAAAUAUGAUGUCAUAUUCACCUUAUUAUGGUCAACCAGUCGGGAAUCAAGGUUAUAUGGGGUCAUAUUUUAAUAAUAUGGUACCGUAUAACUACAAUAUGAUGAGACAAAUACCACAGUUAUCACCAAUGCCAUCUCCACAGCCGAUAGCUCCAUUAGCACCAGUACCACAAAGGCCUGGUAAUGUAAUACGAGUACCAUUAGGCCCACAUACUCAAAAUAUGGUACCGCAUCCUAAUAUAGUACCAUUAGCACCAUUAAAUGGAUAUGGGCCUCAACCACAGCCAAUAGUACCACUAUUACAACAACCAAUCGUACCCAACCAGUACUUUUCCAACCAGUACUAUAACAUGUACAAGCAAUACAUACAAGCGAUGCAUCACCAACAUAUACGACACAUCCAGAAGAUACGACGAUGUAAACGGAAGUGUAAAGGGGAAGCAGUGCACAGUGCAAAACUACAGACUCAGAUAGAAGAACCGACCAUUCACGACAAACCCACCAGUCGAUUUAUUAUUUCUUUCAGUGUCGCCAUUGUCAUCUUGGCCAUUGUUGGUCUCUUACUGUGCUUGGGAUGUUGUGGAGUUUGCCUUUGGACAGCCAGGCCAAGAGAUUGA